UGAUACAUGUACCAACUAGAGCUUAUGGCCAGCAUGAGGAGAGUUGUUCUCAUCCUCCUUUGGACAACAAACUUGGUUCAGCCAAACCUGCUUCAAGCUGCAGGAGUUCAGGUUCUCCCACCUCUUAACUUCACCCUUACAGUCUCUGCACUAGCACAAGUACUGUUACAUUGGAAACCAAACCCCAAUCAGGAGCAAAGAAACUACACGAUCAGAUAUGAUGUGGAAAUCCUAAGCCCUGUGCCUGAAGAGUACGACACCAAGAGGACUCACAGUACCCGAACAGUGGCACUUCACCACGGUUUCUCUGCACGUGUUCGGACCUUGCUUCUCCAUAAUGACCUUCAGAUGAGAAGUGACUGGGUGAAGCAAACACUCCUGCCUCCUCCAGGUGCUCCAGAGACAUCCAUCACUAAUUUGUCCUGUCUUACUCGCUUCACCAUUUCUAGCAGUGUUUCUCUCCACUGCAGUUGGUUUCCUGGCCAAGGGGCACCAGAAGAUACCAAGUACUUUCUGUUUUACAGGUACGAGACGUACACCGAAGAAUGUCAAGAUUACACCAAAGACAAGUGGAACAGGAACACUGAGUGCAGCUUUGCAGCCACUCAUAUUCAUCCUGCAGAGUUUGGCAAGCUGGUCGUGAUACACAUUAAUGGGUCGAGCAGGUAUGCUGCCAUCAAGCCCUUCCAGAAGUUAUUUAAACAAAAUGCCAUUGAGAAAGUGAAUGUUCCCCGAAACGUCACUGUGUCCUUAGAGCAAAAUGAUCUCUUGGCCACAUGGGAGAAGCCACUUUCUCCUUUCCCUAAGGAGUGUUUUGAAUACGAAUUUUACCUCUCCAACUUGAAGUCAGGUAACAAGCAGGUGCUGAAAAUACCCUCAAACGACUUCAGGUUGCGGGUUGAUGUUACCAGCAGGUAUUCCAUACAAAUCAGAGCCAAUCAUCACCUACAUUGCAUCAGGGGAGUUUGGAGUGACUGGACUGAAGUGAUUUAUGUUGGGCAAAACAAACUGGAGAAGCCUGUGGCCUGGGUUCUCACUGUGCUUUGUGUGUCCACGUGCUGCAUGUUCCUACUCGUUGCCACAAUAUGCAAAAUAAAGCAUGUAUGGAGUAAACUGUUCCCACCAAUUCCAACACCCAGAAACAAAUUCAGAGAUCCCUUCCCAAAUGACUACGAGAGAGCACGUACCUGCACCAGCGAUGCGGAGACCGAGUUCGGCAGCUUCGCUGAGGAGCUCCCCUGCAGUGCCCUCGACGACUCUGUCUUCUGAGGGGCCCAGGGCCAUGUCACACAGCGUCACCACUCUGAGGGGCAGAAGGAGAAACGUGGGUGUGGGGGAUUGAGCAGUUUGGAGCAGCGCUCCCCCAGCCCCUC